AAAUGUGAUGUACAAAACAACUUUGUCUUUGAUUAAUCGUAAAAUACCUCGUUUUCUUCGAGAGAAAGGAAAAACCUGAUCUAGGGUUUCAUCUAUUGAGUUCUGAUCUAAAUUGGAUUUCAUGCGAAAUUUCUACUGGUGAUCUUCAUCGAUGGAUGAAUCUUAUGCCGGCUUACCUACUAGUCAUCUGCUUGGUUCAGUUCCUGCUGUGAUCAGUAGUGCCCCAGAGAGAAAGCCCGAAUAUGCAAAUCCACAAGCAAAUUUGCAGAUAUUUCCUCCUAAUAAUGGUGUAGAUAAAGGGAAGAGUUCAAAGAGUUAUGAAGGUCUAGGAAGUCCCAGUGGAGGAAACGAAGAACCACCCACAAAUAGUUGGAAAGGAUAUUUUAACAUCGCUUCAUACACACAAUAUUUCGAUGUGGAUACUGAUGUUGUUCUUGACAGAAUUAAGAGUUCACUCUAUCCUCAUCAUGGAGAUUUUUUCACAAAGAUUGAUGGUAACCCUGAUUUGUAUGGCUUAAUCUGGAUCUCCACUACAUUGGUCUUUGUGGUGGCUGCUUUUGGAAACUGCGCUACCUACCUGAUGGACAAAUCAAGCAAUAGUAAAACAACAUGGAACUUUGAUGUUGGCUAUCUUAGCAUGGCGGCUUGUGCAAUAUAUGGUUAUACACUUGUGGUGCCUGCAGCAUUUUUCUUUUUGCUUCAGUAUCUUGGAUCAAGUCCCAGCCUUGUGCGCUUCUGGUGUAUGUGGGGUUAUUCUCUCUUCAUCUUCAUCUGUUGCUCUUUCCUGAUGAUUCCUCCGCUUGAGUUUGUUCGAUGGACGGUCAUUCUCGUUGCAGGGGUGGUAUCAGCUUUCUUUGUUGCUUUUAACAUAAAGUCGUAUAUUGGGGGAAGUGAUGUUAAUCUUGUGGUGGUCGCCUCUUUCGUCCUGCAACUUGUUCUGGCUCUUUUUAUCAAGAUUUGGUUCUUCUCAUAGAUCAGACCCCGUCUCACGUAAAUUUGUGUCUUUUUGUGUUCCUGUGUGACGCUGAGUGGACAAAUGUCUUUCUUUUUUAAUACAUUUACCCAGGCGUGGCGCUGGUGCUGGGCAAGCUUGGGUAGUUGUUCGGGGGCCAAAAUGCAAUACUUUGUUCUGGAAAGAGCUGAUGUAUAUUUUAUCACCCACAUUGUAAUCAUCUUUUAUCAGUGACUCAUGCAACUUCCGUGGAGUCCAAAUUAUAACAAACAUCCACACUAAAUUUGUUAUUCAUCCAUGAAAGAUUGCAGCGUUUUCUUUGCCAUAAAAUGAAGGCGGAAUCGCACUCCUGAA